GCACUUCGAUAUCCGUACUUCCAGGUUGGUCAUGCCCUGGGCAUUCAGGAGCUGGGGAAACAAAAGGAACUGCAUAAUGCUAAAUCGUCUCUGCAUAUCAAGCCUGUCCCUCCAGCACAACCUCCUCCAAAACCUCACGCUCGCAUUUCAUCGAGGCCUUUUCAACAAAGCCAGUCUUCUCAGCACUUGGUGUACCCAUAUAAGACAGACAACUCUGGGGCUGAGCACAGUAACUACUUACAGGAGGACAAGUCUAACCAGGUUAUUCUGCCUGCAAUUCACAAUAAGGUUCCUCAGCAGAAAACAUCUACUGGGACUGAGAAUAUAAAUGGUGAACUUAAACCAAAAGCUAGGCGAAGAUGGGGACAUCUUGCUAGAACAGUGAAGAGUUCUGAAGACUGGGAUGACUUGGAAGACCUUAAUUUCAGCUCUUCCAUCACGAGGAUGGACUUGAAAAACAAGAAGCAGCAAAGUGAUGAAGCUCUUUGUAGGUUUGAAAGCAUUUUGGACCUGAAGCCUUUGGAUGCUGUAGGCUCUGGCAGCAGGGCAACGUCCCAUGUGACCUUUCCACGGCAGGACACUCCCACAUUGGGAGUUUCUGCAGCAAAGCAACACUACUUGAGACAUUCUAGGUAUCUGCCUGGAAUAAGCACAAAGAACAGCAUAGUCUCCACUUCACACAAAGAGCCUGUUCCGGCUAAUCCCUGGCCGAGUUCUGGUUUGCCUGGGAGAGCUUCCGGUUUGGGAGGAAGUAUUAACAGGAUGAAUUCAGGGCCCAUAGGAUCAAGUGGUCUAACUAGUGGUUAUAUCCCUUCAUUUCUGAAGAAGGAAGUAGGCUCUGCUGGGCAGAGGGUUCAGUUAGCACCAGUUGUGGAUCCAUCUUCUAAUUAUGCUACUCUGAAGUCAGUAAGACCCCAUCUUGGACGACCUCCGUUCAAUUCGCCUACGAAAAGCACACCAAGGUUAAUGCCUCUGCCACCACCAGCUCAGCCGAUCCAUGGGCGUGUUGACUGGUCUGCAAAGUAUGGUGCUCACCGGUGACGUAUGGAAAUACUCUCUGAAUUAGCGCGUGUUUCCCAUGAGAUGAUGGCUAACAUGAGACAAUUUGAUACUGUUUUAUAUACCUGUAAAUUUAAAAGAAACAGAUCUUCUAUGAACGAGACAUUUAGAAAGGGUUUUUUACUUUUAUUUGUAUUAAUUUGAAUACAAUCUUGUACCUUUUUGU